CUAGCCCCAACUGCCCCCUGCCUCGAACCAUCCGACCUCGCCGCCGGCCUCUUCUCUCUCUCUUUCCCUUGGCCCUCCGCGCGGAACCCUCCCUCGGCGGCAACCCACGUCUCCUCGAGCCCUAACCUCGAAGCGAAGGAGCCGCCGGAGACCUGAUCUCUUUCCGCUCCGCUUGCCGGCGCGGGAGAGUAUAGGCGGAUGGAGUUGGAGGUGGUGAGGACGGAGAUGGUGCUGGCGCCGUCGCUGCCGUUCAAGAAGGUGCAGACGGCGGACAAGUACCCCAAGGGCCAGUCCCGGGGGCGCCAGUGGAAGCACCUCCGCCACCUCCUCCAGGCCGCAGAUGCCUCCACCAUCCCCCCCGACCGCCCCAACUAUCUGAAUAUUCAAUCGCCCCCAUCCAUUUACCCAUCAAAGAGAUACUGUGACAUAACAGGUUUUGAGGCACCGUAUAUGGAUCCGAGGACAAAGCUGCGAUACGCAGAUCCAGAGGUGUUCAAGCAGAUCAGGACGCUUCCUGAUGAAUACGUCCAAAGGUAUCUGGCCUUGAGAAAUGCAGCGGUUAUACUGAGAUAACAAUCCCUGAACACGGAUAAGUCUUAUUGCCCUAACCAUGUUGCACCAUUGAUUCUGAAUCCUGAUCCUCUUAAGCGGAUCUUUCUUCCUCGCUCUAGUAUAUCAGGGUUUGCCUAUAUGGUUAGAUACAUCCUCCUUUGUAUUUUGCAUACUGAAGUUUGCGAAUUGAUGUUUAAGUAUGUUCUUCUCUGCUGUAAGCGAAUUCGUUUCAAUCCAAACGUGGUAUCUAUGCGAUAUAUCAUACCUAACUUGUUUGUUGUGUAAAA